UGUGUUUCUUCAGUGGAUUGAUCACCCACUAUAUAUGUUCCAUUGUGUCUGUUUAGGUUAGGUCAGUUUUCAGUCUGUUCAUGUUACUUUGCUAACUUAUGUUGCCUUUUUGCCUGAGUUCCCUUAUUGUUUAGUUGACCUCUUUUAAGGGCCCAGUGUAUUAUUUAAAUCAUUUUUUGAAAAGAAAAUUAAAUUUCAAACUUUUUUGAUAUAUUUUGCAUUCUGUCCUGCUUUUUGGCUGCUUGGUCCACCACAAUAUGGUGUCAGAAGUGGGAUCAGCAGUUUGAGGACAGUUAUUUAUUUUUUUUCCCUGCCACGUCCCCCCAAAAUUUUUUUUGUGUGGCAUGCAUCGUGGAGGGAGGAUGACAAAAACCCGGACUGAAAAGAAGGAGCCCACAACUUCCAACAUGGACAAUGAAGAGGAAGAGGAGGCUGGAGCUUCAGGAGCUAAUACAGGUACUGAGGGUGAAGAACCAACAUUGCACCAUCUGACUGGUAUUCUCCAGGCCUUCAUGGGACAACAGGAAGCUCGAGAGAUGAGACUUCAGGAGGAGGCCAAGCAGCAGGAAUGCAGACUGAAGGGCCCGCAGCACCAGUUCCAGCUUCUGCAGAUGGAAGUGCAGGCCCGGACUUCACCUGACUACACCGUACCAUCCCCUGAUCCACUGGAGGAGUCUGGCUCAGAUGAUCGGCUGCCACAGGUCGUACAUCAGCCAGCAGGGGUACAGUCUGUAGCUGCUCAGCCUCACUUCUCAAUGGAUCCAAGGUUGGAGAAAUUAACAGAACAUGAUGUUGAACAUUUUCUCAUAACUUUUGAGCGGAUAGCAACCGCAUGCAAGUGGGCAGAAUCUGACUGG